AUGGUGCGGGAUGUUUGGAGCCUUGAGGCAUUCAUGAUGGACGGCACUGUUUUUCCUCACGAUAUGCACGAAAUGCGGUUGCGUACAUCUUUGAUUCUCACCCUGGGCUUCAUGCGAGCACAACGCCUUUCUGCUCUGCAUUCUGCUUGCUGUCAGAUAGCGGAGUGUGGCGGUGCUGCUGUGUGGUGCUGGAGGAGUAUCGACUGUUGUGUUGUACGUGUGAUUCAUCUUGUUGCGGUGCCGCGCUGGUGGCGCUUCUUUGCCGAUUGUGCUUGUGCGCUGGCCUGUUUAUGGCUCCCGCAUCUCCUUGCUGUGUGCGGGGCUCUGCACCUUGCCAGCUGCAUGCGUGCGGUCGUUCCCGCGAGCAUCACACGUGUGCAUCCGCCCCCCUCUCGCUCCUGUUUCUUGCUUUGCUUGCGGCAGAAAGGCACAAGCACCACAACAAGAA